CUUUUUUUGACCUCCUUUCUGGCUGGACGGAGGUGGUGGUGGCGGUGGAUCUUUCUCUGAACACCCGCUCUCGCUCGCCUUCUUCUUCUUCCUCCUCUCUUUGCUCCCAUGGAGUAAACCAGACCUCCCCACUCCGCCAGCUUCCGAUUUCUUUUGGGAGGAGCAAAAAACUUUUGUUGCUCCCGCUGGCUCUAUAAUUCGUAUUUUUGAAGCUUUUUGUCAUUGGGGGGCGCGCUCAAAUGGGGUCUGAAACCAUCUCUGGCUCGGAGAAGGAGAAUUCGAACGAUAGCGCCGAAACCCUCGUGAUGUUGAAUGUCUACGAUCUCACCCCUGUCAAUGAUUACACCUACUGGUUCGGUUUUGGGAUUUUCCAUUCUGGCAUUGAAGUUCAUGGGAAGGAGUAUGGAUUUGGAGCUCAUGACUUCCCAAUUAGUGGAGUUUUCGAAGUCGAGCCAAGAAACUGCCCCGGUUUCAUUUACAGAUGUUCCAUCCCAGUGGGGACUAUAAUGAUGCCGCCUAUAGAGUUCAGGACUUUCAUUGAGGGUAUGGCUUCCGAGUAUCAUGGAGACACUUAUCACCUCAUCUCCAAGAACUGCAACCAUUUCACAGAUGAUGUAAGCUCCAGGUUGACAGGAAAGAGAAUCCCAGGCUUUGUAAAUCGCCUCGCUCGCCUUGGUUCCCUAUGCAGUUGUUUGCUUCCUGAAAGCCUUCAAGUAACUUCAGUGAAACAGCUACCUGAGCACCACGAUUUAUUGGAAGACGAUGGAAGCGAGUCUCUGACAACUGGCACCCCACCCUGUGAACAAAUGGAAAUCGAUGAUACUGAUCAAGAGAGGCACCUUCUAUCUCCAAGCAAUGGAGCUGCAGAAGUAUUGUUUGUCAGAGAGAGAACUCUAACAGAAGAAGAAAAGCUGCCUCAUUGAGGGUUGAAUACAAACGAAAGAAGAUAGCCUCUUUUUACCCUUUCCAAACCCACUGCUGCAGUAUCCUUCGAGACAGGAUUCCAAACGUAGGACACAGGGAUAUAGGAUCCUCUAUUUGCUUGCUUUUUUCCAUGCAAUCCUGUAGAGGAUGCAAGGAAGAAGAGCCUCACAAGUCACAACACCUGGGUUAGUGCUUUUUGCUGUUGGCUUGCAUUUUUUCCCCUUUGUCUUCUGGUUUUUGUUGUAUCAUUGUUAGGUUUGCCUCUUGAUUGUCAUAUAUGGCUUCCACUCCACUUUGGAUUGUGCCACAGAUUGCUCCCCCAACCUUUCUGUUUUGGUCUGUUGAAAAGAAAGAAUCCAGAAAAAACUAGUUACCUGUUAAUGGUCUGUAAUUGUAUUCAUACCCUGUACUGGCACCUUUCUAGUUAGUGGAAAUGACUUCUUGAAAUUGAUUGAGAAGUCAGAAUGGUGUUAUUUUCAUCAGUGUAAUUGUGUUGCUUGUAGAAAGAAGGGUUCAACCUAAUACAAUUGAUGGGUGGGA